GGGAAAUCUAUGAAUGGAUGCAGAGUUUAAAAAGAAGUCAUAUACAAAUAGAUAAUAAGUAUUUAACUAUCUUUAAAACAUAUGAAAACAUAUAAAAUACCUACUUAAUUUCAGCCAAUUUCUUAACAUAAACAUACUCGGCAAGGAGAAAGAAUGGCGUCCCAAAGUAAAUAUCCCGACCUAACAGGCUUCAAAGCUCUAAGCUUCGACUGCUACGGCACACUCAUCGACUGGGAAACCGGCUUCCUAAACACCGUCCGGAUGCUCACCUCGAAGCUCCCGCCCACACACCCCCUCAACACCGACCCGCCAAUAGAAGCCAUACGGCGCCUCAACGCCAUCACCGACGUCCACGAGCACAAGCAUCCCACGUUCCCGUACAACGAAAUCCUAGCCGAAUCCAUCACCGCCUUCGCGCACGACGAGCUCAACCUCCCCGGGCUAUCAGACAGCAUCGCCGAGCCCUUCGGCAACUCGCCCGGGUCCUGGGCGCCGUUCCCCGACACCAUCCCCGCAUUGCUAAAGCUGGCAAAACACUACAAGCUCGCGAUCCUGUCCAACGUCGACAACAACAACAUCGCGACAACCGUAGACCAGCGGCUGGCCCCCGCGCGCUUCGACGCGGUGUACACGGCGCAGGACAUCGGGUCGUACAAGCCGUCGCACCAGAACUUCGAGUACCUGUUCGGGCACCUGCGCGCGGACCUGGGCGUCGACAGGGACAGCGGCGAGCUGCUGCAUGUCGCGCGCAGCUUGACGGCGGACCACGUGCCGGCGAAGGAGCUGGGGCUGCCGAGCGUGUGGAUAUCGAGGGGCGGGGAGCGCGAGGACGCGCAGGGGGUGGGGGGCAGCUAUGCCGAGUUGAAGGAUAAGGUGGCGUUUGGAUGGCGGUUUGAUACUUUGGGUGAUUUCGCGGAUGAGGUCGAGAGGCAGUUUGCUGCUAAGGAGAAGUCGUCGUCGUGAUGUGGGAUAGGGGUAAUGAGGUAGGGUAGGAAAUAAAAUGAUAAAUGAAGAUACCUAGGUAGCUAUCAUCUCACAUAGUCAAAUAAGAGAUAUCAUCCCC